AUGGUCUCUGUGGUCGACACUAGGCCCAUGAACGAUGAUGACAUUUCCAUGGACACAAUAGUACCCAAGACCGAGGCGGCACAAGAUGGUCAUGUUUCCAUGAGUUCUUCAGUAUCGACGCCCGAACCAGAAGAACCGAAUCAGGAUGUUGCCCAAACUCAAAAGCGGAAAGGUGGAAGAAAGCCCAUUUAUGCCACAUCAGAAGAGCGCAAGCAGAGGAACCGGCAGGCUCAAGCUGCUUUUCGCGAAAGGCGAACCGAGUACAUCAAACAGCUAGAGACGACGAUCAAGCGGAAUGAAGAAUCUCUUCAAUCGCUGCAACAGAGUCAUAGGAGUGCAGCCGACGAGUGUCUGAUGUUACGAUACAAGAAUUCGCUUCUUGAAAGGAUUCUUAUGGAAAGGGGCAUCGAUGUUCAAACCGAACUGCGUCUCAAGGCAGCAAACUCCUCGGCCAUGCCUCCGGUUAAACCUAAUGCGAAUCCCCUAGCUCCUAAGCAGCCAUUGCCUCUUGAACGUGCUGCCAUCGGGAGAACUUCGACUCAGCGACGCCAGACAUCCGGGGCCAUCGCCCCUAAACCGGACCACUCCGGUCUGCCUCAAUCACGAGACGGCGUCUACAAUGCGAAUUCUCCGCAACCUCAACCUACUCCCACAUCACAUGUGUCGUCCCCAUCGACGGGAAGAUCGCCUGGUUUUGCCUUGCAAGGUGCCAUGUCUCCAAAAGGAGCCGAUUCUCAAUACCAACAGCAGCGCAAUCGAGCACCUCUACUUCCAAAUCCAAGAGAUUUCACCCAGCAAAAUCCACUGGGUGUAAACCCGAUGAGACCUAUGGAUCCCUAUCCGGCAGCCCAACCCGUGAUUCCCGGAGGUAUGCCAUCUCAUAUGCAGUCAUACUACUCUGCUCCAUUUCAAAAACAUUAUGAUCAACUAGAACAAGAAUACGACGCCCAGGCUGAUAUGCUCGACGAUGCUGACAAUGCGGAGAAUGGCUCUGAUGCAAAUGCUUAUGUUCCCGACUUCAACCGACCCCCUGUGCCAACAGGACAAGGCCGUAUGGGCUUACCCGUUCCGUCUUCUAUGCAGACUAGUGAUGUUGAUCAAUCGAUGUACAAUGCCGGUGGCUCCCUUUUCAAUCAAUACGAGCCUGUGCUUGAUAGCGAUACGUUCGGAUUGAGUGCCAGCAUGCACUUCCAAACCCCAUUCAGCUACGAGCAGGAAAUGCUUCGCCACUAA